ACACCGUUGGUUUCCCUCCUGUGGAUCACAUACCAGCAGCCAAACAACUGUCAGGGGUUAUGGUGGUUCGGGUCCUAAACCUAAACCAGGUCGGAACUUGAUCCUAUCUGGUCUUUUUCACUUUUUCUAACACCCACUCUUCCUCCCGAAAUACCGAGGUUCACAUCUCACUCUUUUUCUCUACCCUCUCUUGGUCUCUCUCGUUCAACCUUUCACACGACCUCUCUCGGUCUCUUUCUCUCUCUCUCUAGAGAUCUUUUUCCAUUUCCUCUUCACUGUUAAAGUAACUAUUUUCUAAGAUCCCUCGUUCAUAUAAUAAAACUGACCUAAAGUGACCCUUUCUGCAUUCCAGAGGCUCCCUGUUUCUGUCCCAAUGGAGUUCUCUGUAAGAUCUGUGAAGGUGGAAAGGAGAAAAGUAUAAUAUAUAUAUUUUACAGUGCUCUAGUCUGCCAGCAGUGUCACAUGCUUUCUCAGAUUAUUUACUGGUUUAGUCUCUCUAAGCUCUCACACACCCCCUCCCUGACUUUAGCCCUCCCAUUUUCUCACCAAGAGCCAAAGCUGAGACACAGCAACAGUGCUCCAAAGCAGGCAAUCGCUGAAGAGUGGGUGAACUUUUUUUGUCCAUAUUGUUUUUCUUCAAGGUCCACUCUCUCAGGACAAAUAUGCUUCACCUGACAGCAGGACGAGUCGGGGGCUUGUUUUCCAGGCGCGCGGUGGUGGGACUGACCAACAGUGGUGCGAGGAUGUCAAGCCACCACGAGGUAUCUGACCAAGUGGACAUGUCCCAGCCAAUGUACUGGGAUCGUCUGGACACCCCUCUGCCAGACAGAGCAUGGAUUGAUGUCCUUGAUUCUAAGGACAAGAGUCUGAAACAGAAGGAGAAGGGGCCAUGGACUGCACUGUCCAAGGAGGAAAAAAUAGCCUUGUACAGGCUGAAGUUCAACCACACCUACCCUGAGAUGAAGAAGCCGUCCCAUGAGUGGAAGACCGUGAUUGGUGGGAUGUUCAUCUUCUUUGGCAUCACUGGUCUGGUGGUGUUUUGGCAGGGCCACUAUGUGUACCCACCUCAACCUCACACUUUUGGUGAGGAGUGGCAGGCUAAGCAGAUCCAGAGGAUGCUGGACAUGCGGGUCAACCCAAUUGAGGGCUUUUCUGCCAAGUGGGACUACAAGAACAAACAAUGGAAGUAAAUUAAGUAAUGGAAUGGACGGGAUACUGUACCUAAAUGAGGAGCGGUUGGACUUGACAACACCUUGAGCCUCUGUUUAGCCAACAGCCUCUCCUUCCACCAUAGUGGCAAGCUACCCAUCUGAAUCCAUCCCCAUACUGUUUAAGUAAAAAAUUACAAAAAACGG